AUGCUUGACCAGAGUCGACUCCUCUCGAUCAAAUCCGUAGUUACUGAGCAAAAUCAGCUCUCGGGCCGAGCCCUGUCGACCCAUUCACUCAAGUCCGACAGAGGAGAGGGGGCCACAGAGGCUCCGAGCGGCGCGGGGGCAGACGACUGGCUGCCGCCCAAGGUCCUGCUGAAGCCUCCGGGACAACUGCAGCUAACAGAGAAGGAGCUUGAGGAGGAGUUCACACGCAUCCUGAAUGCAAACAACCCCCAUGCCCCUCAAAACAUUGCGCGCUACAACCACAAGGAGUCAAUCUUCAAAGUGAGCCCGAACGUUGACCAUCUUGUGACGCAUUUGGAGUUUGACGGUUAUCUGGUAUACAAGAACGCUGACGAAGCCCAAGGCGUAACACUUGCCUCGCUCGCCAGCGGCGAAAAUGGCGAGAAGACUGAGGAGGGCACUAACCCCGAGAAUCCACCAGCCGAAGGGGGUGAGGCACCCCAGCCUGCCACCGCCGACGGCGACAAGAAGCCCAAGGGUCUUUUGCGCAACCAGUUCAACUUCAGCGAGCGUGCCAGUCAAACCACAAACAAUCCGUUCAGGGAGCGUGCAACUAACACCGAGCCCCCACCAGCACGAACAUUCUCCGACACUGUCAACCAAUGGUCCAUAUACGACGCCUAUAUGGACGAUCUUCAGCAGAAAGAAAAGGCCCUCAAGGAUAAGUCCAAGGUGUUGAUGCGACUCUUGGCCUCGGAGAACCACGGAGAAGACGUGUACUUCAAGAAUCAGGAGCUGCGCAAGGCAUUCACUAUCGUCGAGCGCAUGGCCAACCAGAACACCUUUGAUGAUAUAUCCCAGGACUACAAGUACUGGGAAGAUGCCUCUGACGAGCUCGGCGAUCGCAAGUCUGGCACGCUCCUCCCGCUUUGGACGUUCAUCUGUGAGAAGGACAAGAAGAAACAAGUCACCACUCUGUGCUGGAACCCAGCCAAUCCGGACUUAUUUGCGGUUGGAUACGGCUCGUACGAUUUUUGCAAGCAGGGCCCAGGGAUUAUUGCCUGCUUCACGCUCAAGAAUCCAUCGUAUCCAGAGUAUCUGUAUGUCACCGAGUCGGGCGUCAUGUGUCUCGACUUCCACCCUCAGCAUCCGUCCAUGAUUGCCGUUGGACUCUAUGACGGAACAGUCUCGGUUUUCAAUAUGCAGAAAAAGAUGGACAGCCCCAUUUACAAGUCAAACUCAAAAGGCGGCAAACACACCGACCCUGUUUGGCAGGUGUGCUGGCAAAAAGAUGACCUUGACGACAAUGCCAAUUUCUUCUCGAUCUCGUCCGACGGUCGAGUCACACAAUGGACGCUCCUCAAGAGCGAAUUGAUGCACACGGAUAUCAUCGCCCUUCGUUACGAUUUGUCCGAGCCCGUUGUCGAGCCGCCGAACCCGGAAAGCAUCGUAUUCAAUCUCGCUGGUGGAUUCUGCUUCGACUUCCACAAAACGGUUGACCAUCUGUUUGUUGUUGGCACCGAGGAAGGCAAGAUUCACAAGUGCUCAAAGUCUUACAAUAAUCAGUACCUUCUCUCGUUUGAGGGUCACCAAAUGGCCGUGUACACGGUUCGAUACAACCGCUUCCACCCAAGCGUUUUCCUGUCCGCCAGCGCCGAUUGGACGGUCAAGCUCUGGGAUCACGACCAAGAAAAGCCCGUGCUCACCUUCGACCUGAAUAGCUCUGUGGGAGAUGUUGCCUGGGCGCCGUACUCCUCUACGGUCUUUGCUGCUGCUACGUCUGAUGGAAAGGAACGCGAUAAGCGGUUCAUUUCGUCGCGACCAGCAGAGACGACCAUCGAACUAACAUUUGAUUCCUCUCCCACCCAGGUGUAUGUGUUUGACCUCAACGAAAACAAGUACCAGCCGAUCUGCGAGCAGCAAGUCGCUCGUAAGGCAAAGCUGACACACAUAUCCUUCAACCCAUUUGAGCCCAUUCUUCUUGUGGGCGAUGACCACGGAACAGUCAUCUCGCUCAAACUCUCCCCAAACCUUCGAAAGACGACCCAGGGAACCGGCAACGAAGACGAAAAGGGGAAACUGGACAGCAUCCUGGCGAUUGCCAUGGGCAAAAUCGCUCUUCAACUUGUCUAG